AUGGCAAUGGAUACCUCAGAUUGGUAUGCUUCUGCCCCGGGUUACGAUGUUCUGCAACCACCAUCUCUCGUCACGACAGAAAUCUGCCCUUGUACAUCUUCUUUCCCGGGCAACUUCUUUCGCUCCGUAGACUGGUGCCCUGAUGGUUCAUCCCUGCUAACGACAUCCGAGGACCACGUAUUCCGAAUAUACCAUUUCGAUUCAUCAGCAAACUACGUAUCCUCUCACUUACCUCUUCUCCCUCCCACCGAACUCCCCCAAGCAGGUCCAAUUACCGCCCACAUCUGGCAUCCACAUGCUUCUCCCACCUCUCAAACAUUCUCAAUCCUCAGCGCUGUCCGCUCCCAGCCUGUACAGCUCAUCUCCGCCUCUGACAGUCAGCGUCUUGCGAGCUACAGGAUAAUCGAUCAUAGGGAACGUUUCAUCUCCCCUCUCUCGCUCGCCUGGGAUCCUUGGACUCUCCAGUCAGAUGCGCGGUUCUGGGCAGGGACAGACGGCGCGCUCGAGCAGUUCACCCUCUCCCGCCCUGGGGAAGGGAGCCGUUUCCCCCUUUCCGGCACACGAAAGUCCAAAGAAGGCCAGCGGGGGCUCAUCAGCGCACUCGCUUUCUCCCCUUCCGGACUACUAGCAUGCGGCAGCUUCUCCCGCACGGUAGGGCUGUACGAUCCGCAGGACCCGAGGAGCACGCAGGGAAUGGUUGACGUACCCGGGGGAGUGACCCAGUUGUCUUGCAGCCCGCAGGGGACGCUGAUUGCCAUGUUCCGGGGGGAGGAGGACAUGUGGGCUUGGGAUAGCAGAAUGUUCGCUGAAGGGAGACAUUGGCUGCUGAGUCCGCGUGUACCUGCUGAGGUAUCGGGAGGGGCGGGGACACAACAGAGACUAAGGCACUCGCUCGACCCCUGGGGGAGGUAUCUUUUUGCCCCCUCAGCAAGAGGCACGAUCAGCACGUACGACCUGCUCUCCUCUCCCCUGCCACUGGCUUCCGAUCCCUGGGGUGGAGAGCGCGGAGUGCAGCAGCCCAUCGGCUCGUGGUGCGCACAUGGGGACGCGGUGGGAUGUGUGGCGUUGCAUCCUAGUGUGGGGUGUGUUGUCACCGUUGGAGGGGGACGACAUUUUGAGGAUGAACAUGAGGAUGAGGCAGAGGUGGUAGAAGUAGUAGAAGACGGGGCAUUCGGCGUACCAGUGCAGGCAGCGGGGCAGAAGGAGGAUAGAGAUGAACACGGGGGCGACGGCGACGCAAGCACCGACUCCGACUCUGACUUAGCUGACGACAGUUCAGACAGCAGCUCGACAUCAUCCAUCCAGAUCCUCCCCCCUCGGAAACCUCACCCAUCCUCAGUCCAAUAUGCACGGAUCAUUCGCCAGUCCAGGCCGAGGCCGAGAGAGGCAACGCUUAAGAUCUGGAAAUUUCGAGAGCGAGUUACAGAAGAGGCAGAGGCUUGA